UCCUCCAGGGAUGGUGUUGGUAUGUUUCGAGGGGGACAUAGACGGCUACAUCAACCUGAUGGCGUACCCGUACGUGGAGAGCGAGGGCCUGGACCACGAGGACCUACCGGAGAGGGACCAACCCCGGAGGAAACACUCCCGACGGAGCCUCCUCCGCUCCACCUCCGAGAUCAAAGAGGAGAGGCUACCACACGAGAGUGACAGCACUGAGAAUCUCCAGGAGCUGAAGAGUCCUCGUCUAGAGCUCCAGAUCUACAGUGAUAUUCCCUUCCAGAUGCUGGAUAACAACAGCGACCUGGGCUCAGAGAAGAUCAGCCACAACCCCUGGAGCCUCCGCUGUCACAGGCAACAGCUCAGCCGCAUGAGAUCAGAGUCCAAGGACAGGAAGCUCUACAGUAUCCCUUUUCUCAGGUUGUUUUACCAACACGAUAAGACAGGAGUCAGGAGUACUGCUGGAAGCUCGGUAGAAUCACAUACAGUCCUAAUGG